CGAAAGUCAGACCAACAGAACAACACUCCAUUGCAAUUGCAACCGUCAGACCCAGAGUCAGAUAGAUGGCAAUGGGCGAUGCCGCGACAAGAACGAAGAGUAAAUCCUCACCGGAACGACGACCGUGCGGAGGUCGCGAGGACAGCUCAAGCUACGCAGAGGAAGAUGAAGCGCCAAGAGGAGUGGUGGGACGUGUCAUGCAUUUCCUCGUCAACAACCAAAUCACAGUCCCAGCCAAUAUUCUCUGGUUCCUUAUAACCCUCCACCUUGCCCUGCCAGCACUCCGCGAAUACACAACGUCAUUCAUCUUCAUCUCAUACCCGCCCGGCACUCGAGAAGGGGAUGAGAGUGGGAGCUAUGGAAAGGGAAGGUUGGAUCUGUGUUACGUGUUUACGUGGGUGAUGGUGUUUACGGGGUUGAGAGGGGUGUUGAUGAAGUAUGUAUUUGUGCCCGGGGCGAGGGUGGGUGGGGUUAGGGGGGUUAAGGCGCAGACGAGGUUUGGAGAGCAGGCGUGGACAUUCAUGUAUUAUGCUGUUGCGUGGAGUGUUGGAUUCCGACUUGUUUACGACUCCGACUACCUAACCUCCCUCCACGCCAUGUGGGCACCCUACCCGAACCCACUGCCAGCAGAGCUCAAGCGCUACUACCUCCUCCAACUCGCAUUCUGGAUCCACCAACUCAUCGUCCUCCACCUCGAACGCGCCCGUCGCGACCACUACGCCAUGCUCCUCCACCACCUCAUCACCCUCGCCCUCAUGUCCUGCUCUUACACAGUCGACGUCACCCGCGUUGGAAACAUGAUCCUCGUCACCAUGGAUUUCGCCGACAUCCUCCUCCCCGCCGCCAAAAUGAUGAAAUACCUCAACUGGUCCAAAUCCUGCGACCUUUUGUUCGUGUGUUUCCUGUUGGCGUGGUUCGUGACUCGGCAUAUCUUGUUUCCGACGAUUGUUUGGUCGGCGGCGGUGCAGGCGCCGCAGAUUAUGGAUCCGGUGUGGGAUACGGAGAAGGGUGUCUAUUGGAUGCAUGAGUGGUUUGUUGGGUUUGUCGGGUUGCUGGGGGUGUUGCAGGUGAUUAUUUGUUGGUGGUUUUGGUUGAUUUUGAAGGUUGCCUACAAGGUGGUCAGGGGCGAGGGUGCGGAGGAUAACAGAUCUGAUUCUGAAGAUGAAGGGCAAGACAACGACGAGGAGGAGGAUGAAAAGAUCAAUGGCAAGGCGAACGGAAGCGCCAAGUCAAACGGGGUGGAGAAAGAUGUUCAGCCAGCACGGAAAAGAUCAAAGAGGCGGAAAGGUGGAGAUACCCAGGAGUGAUGAUUGAGAGCAAGGCUUUUAAGAGUACACUGUGUGUACACGUGUUGAUCUUUCCUGGGUUAGGUACUUUCUGCAUAGAGUUUUGAGGUUGUGAGGGCGUCGAGCGCUCUGUUUUGGGGGUUGAUAAAAUGGGAUAGGAGGAAUGGCAUGAGUAUACCCUGCACUACAAGUCG